CGUGACUGUUUAGGAACAAGACUAUUUAUCAGUUUGUCUUUUAUUUUAUUUAUCUCUCUCUCUCUCUGUGUAAAGGUGCAGUGUAGCAGCUGCUAAUGGCUGCCUAUGGGAGGACAGCGCCUGUCUGGUCUCUGUUGCGCUGCUUGGGAAGGAGACGGUCUCCAUGCUUUAAGGAGGCGCUGCAGCAGCAGAGUAACACCGGCAGAGCUGUGUGUUUGGGAGCGAGCUCUGUAAAGUUCACAGCCUGGAGAGAAACACACUCUUGGUCAGCGGAACCUGCGCUCAGGCUUCAGGCCACAUUUUCCUGGACAUCACUCCGGAGAGCUCUGAGCUCAGAGGCACCAUACAAAGAAGACGAGUACCCACCUCUUCCUGAGUACACUCCCACUCAGGAGACUGACACAAAAGAAGUCUUCAUCAUUCGUGUCAAAGGUCUGCCGUGGUCAUGUAGUGCCGAGGACCUGGUGAAGUUUUUCUCUGAGUGUCAGAUUCGUGGUGGUGUAAACGGAAUCCAUCUAAUGCACAAAAACGGAAAGCCGAAUGGAGAAGCAUUCAUUGAGCUGGAGCAUGAGAAGGACAUCAGUAAAGCCUUGGAGAUGCAUAGGCAGUACCUUGGGCCCCGCUAUGUAGAAGUGUAUGAGGUAACAAACAGCGAUGCAGAGGCUCUUAUAAGGGGAACAGAUGAAAGUCCCAGUACAGACGGUGUGAUUCGUCUCCGAGGUCUUCCAUUCAACUGCACAGAAAAGGAUGUUAUUCAGUUCUUUUCAGGACUGGACAUUGUGAUGAACGGGGUCACGUUGGUCUUGGAUCACCGAGGCCGAAGUUCGGGCGAUGCAUAUGUGCAGUUUGCCACCCAGGAGAUGGCAGAUCAAGCCCUACAGAAGGACAGAGAGGUCAUUGGAAACAGGUACAUCGAGGUGUUCCCCAGCAAGAAGAGUGAGAUUCGGACCCAGUACGGCAAAGGGAGAAGAGAAGCUUCAGGCACUGAAUUCCGCACACAAAAGAUGAACAGUGUCUCUCUGCCUAUACACUAUAUACACAUGAGAGGUCUGCCAUAUCAAGUCACAGCAGGAGACGUAAUAAAUUUCUUCUCCCCUAUCAGGGUGGCGAAGGUUCUAAUAGAGUACAGCGCAGAUGGGCGACCCAGUGGUGAGGCCGAGGCUCACUUCACUUCACACCAGGAUGCAGUGGCAGCAAUGUCCAAAGACAAAGAAUGUAUACAGGACAGAUAUAUAGAGUUGUUCCUGAAUUCAGCAUCGAAUGGGGAGAGGCACUGAAAAGGUGUAUAGCUGUGAAAAUGUACAAAGCAUCUGCAGUAUUUAUAUAAAUCAAAAUGUUAAAUAAUUGCCAUUAAAACUGCUCUCAAAUGGA